AUGCCCCAUACCUCCAGGUCCUCCCGUCCAAAUCGACAAAUUCAAAAACGGACCCAAGUGACAGACGACGAUGGCUGGACCCAUGUCGCAAGCGCCGGCAACGUGCGGCGCGUAAUGCGCACUCGCCCGCGAGGCACAACUGCAACCAAGGAGUCCGAAGCUGGGAUAUCCUCUGAUCACCCAGAACCCACAUUGAGGCCUGCAGAGGCACCGGGCCGACUCACCCUAUCCGAGCUGCAGACGCAAUUCCAGACUCACCGUGAGAGGUGGGAAGGCUCGGAGAGUUGGACUAAGUUGACGGGCGUUUUGGACCAACGGCUGAAGAAGGCGCAAGAACAAGCUUUUUCUGAUGCGUCUGCCGCCAAUCAAUCCGCUGACGCCAAUUCUUCUGUCCCGGCCCGCUGCCCUGUCGAUGCCAUUGUCUGUAUUGGGCUUGGGAGCCCGAGUGGAUUCUUGCGUGAUGGCUGGGUGGAUCGGCGCGCUGUGUCGCUUUAUCAGCUUGCUGCACUUGCGAGUAUCCAGGAACAAGUUGCUCGCACAACCUCCUCCGACCUGAAAGUCUACGCCCAAGACCCUGUUUUCAACACACUAGACGAAUCCCUUCUCGCAAGCCUGAAUAUAACAGUCAUUAAGCACCCAGAGGCCUUUUCGCAUAUCACGGCGGACACCAUGCUCUUCUGUCCCGGUGCAGAACGCAAACACCUUGAACUGUUGUUGCCGUCGAAGCCGUGGCUGUUGUUCGGUGGUCCGCUUGAGCACGCAGAUUCUGGUGGCGUACUGCAAGGCUAUGUGGAUCGUGCUGGGUCGUAUUGCUUGCCGGUGUUUGAACCACUUGAACAUGCUUUUUGGAAUAUGAGACUCUAUUGGGCUGAGGAAGCUUCUGACGAAGAGUGA